AUGCCACCGUCACCCUUACUGAGGAGAUCAAGGUCUCCUGCACGGGAGACUUAUCACAAGAGGGCCAACAGUUUCGGAAAUGUGCUUCCUGUGAAAUCAAAGGAUGACGAACUCGCUUUGUUCUCUGAUAUGCAGAAAGUUGAGACGGAGAACUUCUUACUGGAACCGUCAGAGGAUUUUGAUGACUCAAUCGCAAAAUUGAGCUAUUUCCCGGAAGUAAAACUUGGUGUUAACAUUCCUGCCCAUGGAGAAAGCCAUGAUUUGCUUAAUGCGGACGGUGAUAAAAAUGAUUAUGAGUGGUUAUUAACUCCUCCAGAAACUCCACUUUUUCGAUCUUUGGAUGACGAAGAAAACCAAUCCAUCACUCAGGUUUCUAGGGGCAGAGCUCAGAGCAAGCCUAUACAAAUUUCAAGAUCAUCCACGAUGGAUAAUAGUCAAAGAGCUAGUAGAAGCAGUGCAAGCCCAAGUAGGCUUAGCCCAUCGCCACGCUCUAUGGGAAGGACAAGAUCAUCUAGUUCAGCUUCUCGCUCUAGCCCACCACUUGCUGUUCAAUCACAAACGCCAUCACAAAGAUCGUCAACCCCUCCGAUUGCUAAGACAUUAACACCUCCUCGAAGGUCUCCAAGUCCUGUCUCAAGAAGGAUGAGUACUGGUUCAAGUGGUCCAACUUUGAAUAGAACAAGAGGAGCUUCACCAGUGAAACCUAAUCGCAGAUCUUCUUCACCAAAGCUGCAUGGAUGGCAAUCAAAUGUUCCUGGUUUCCCUUUCGAUGCGCCUUCAAACCUUCGCACAUCUCUAACUGAUCGUCCAGUAUGCCGGUCAAGGUGUGGAUCACCUUCAUCUUUUAGUGGACUAGAAAAUGGUUCAAGAGGUAGAAGACAGUCAAUGUCUCCCACUCCAUCUAGAAGAGCCAAUUCGUCUCACAGCAUUGAACGGGACCGAAUGAGCUCUUACAGCAAAGCUUCUGCAACAUCAUCUGGUGAGGAUGAUCUGGAUUCUAUGCAGUCUGUACCAAUUAGCUACUCCAGUAGCCCAGUUGUGAAAAAGAGCUUGGUUGUGAUGAAAACCAGAACCAUUGCAUCAUCAAAGAAUCUGUCCAAAAAUUUCACACCUAGUUCUGUCCCGAAGCGGUCAUUUGACUCUGCACUUUGGUUGAUGGAUCACCGCAAAGCUCCGCAAGAUAGGUUCCGACCACUUCUAUCAGGUGCCCCUGCCAGCACAUUUGGGGCUGGGAAUGGAAUUGAUGUGCACAAACCUAUGUUCUCACACAAUUCCUCUUUGACAACUAGCAGCAAUGCAAGCUCUUACCAUGGUGCCACUUUUGGCUCUUAUACGCCUGGCAGCCAAGAGCAACGUGAUUUGGUUGGCGAAUGGGAAGAAGAUGAUAGUUCUCGGGGUCAUGAGGAUAUAUUUAUGUUUGAUAAAUUGAAUGAGCUAAAUGAAGAAGACAUUCAUUACAAGAGCACGGAAUCUACGGAUAAUUCACUGGUCAUAGUAAAACAUCUAGUAAGUGGAAGACAAGACUUGGAAGGAAGCAGAAGACCUAAUCAGUCCUUAUGCCAUUCUACUGAUAGUUCUCAGGUUGGCAAUAGUAAAAUUGCUACUUGCUCUAGAUGUGGGAAGUUAUUUGAUGCGAUGGAUGUGGAUGAAGAGGGUGUCUACUGUGAUGUAUGUGCUUCAAAGGUUGGGAAUAUCUUCACCAGUUCUACUGUACAAACUAUUGGAGAAGAAAACCAGCAAUAUGAUAAAACUGCAAAAUUGAAACCUUGCAUCGCAUCUGAUCCUCCCAUACCCACAGAUUGUAUAGGCUAUAGCAAAGAAGUGUCUCUUGAUCAUCAACUAGUGAACAGUGAAUCUUACACUGAUUGCCUGGAUCAGGCCCCUCCAAUUCACUCAAUGGGGCACACACCUCAGGAAAUGCUACUGGGGCAGGUGGAAAAGAUAGACGCAGAGCAUAGAAAGAAACAUGUUGGGGACUCAUUAGGAAAUACAAACGAUAUUUCCUUUCAUCGAUCUAGUGUGACUGAAUGUGAAGAAACAAAACCAACAUCUGUGGGGCAUGACCUUUUCAUCAGAGACCAAAUGGAUAACCAUAAUCAUGGAUUGUCCCAAUGUAAUGAAACUGUCUCUGAAACUAUGACCAGUGACAAUUCUUCUCAAUUGGGAUCAACUACAUAUCAAAACCCUAAACUUGAAACUACUGAGGGUACUGGGAUAUCAGUACUGUUAGUCCCUAAGUCAAACAGCAAUAAAUGGCCUGUUGUAGAAGGGAGGGCCCUGGCUGCUACAAGUAUUCUCUGUUCAGAACCCUAUUAUGCAAGAGAUGGUGUCAGUAUGAUGAAGCGUAGCUUUGGACUGGACAGCUCUUCAGCUGCUUCUUCCAGUGAUCUUGGGUCUUCGAGGCAAUCAACCAUAUGUUUUGAGCGCCUUAGGAGUGAUAAGAGGGGUGACUUUGAGAAGUCUCAGAUAAGCAGUACUAUGAGUCGUCAAAGCAUUGCUUCUGUGUCAGAUAUGUCAAUUUGUAGCUCUUCAGCUUCACUUUGCCCUCAGAGUGAUGCAGUAGGAGGUUCCUGUUUCCCAAUUGACACUUUGGAAAGCAGCACUUCAAGAACAUUGAUCUCUUCUGAAGAAAAUGAUGCUUUUUGUAAGGAUGCUUUGCCAAGUGCUAUGGAAUAUUCAUCUUCUUCACAGGUUAUUGCCGAUGAUGACAGUCCCGUUGACUUGAAAAGUGAGGUAGGAGAUACAACAGUUGAGAAUCAUAGUGCUGGCAGAAUGCCUGACAUGGAUCAUACCAGUACAAAUAUGUAUUCUUUAGAUACUGAAAUGCCAAGUGAUACCCGAGAGUCAUCAGGCCCAGAGGAAAGUUGCAUGCCUGAAACUGAAGAGGAUACUUGUGCCAUCAGUCAGUGCAAUAAAGGUAGUGCUCCCGAACAUUCAAGUGAUGAGAACAACUUUGAUGAUAUUCAAAUGCAGUCCGAAAUAGUUCAGGGUUCAGCUGAGGAAAACAGAUUGGAUGAUUGUUACAUGUCUGCCAUCUCCGAGGAGGACGUGUUGAUUUCUGGACAAGAAGCUGACAUGAGGAAACUUCCCAAUGAUGAAGAAUUUUGUGCGGAAGUAGAAGGAUCAAGGAAACAAAUCCAGAGAUGCUUCACAUUGGAAGAGGCUGCUGAUACAAUUCUCUUCUGUAGUUCUAUUGUCCAUGACCUUGCAUACAAGGCUGCGACUAUUGCAUUGGAAAACAAGAAGGAAUCAGAGUUUGUCGACUCUAUUCGCCCAACUGUUACAAUAGUCGGAGGAUCUUUUCCUAAGGAAGAGAGUUUACCAAAGCUGCCUCACAGACGAACUCCAAAUCGUAAGGUCAAAAGGAAAAGAUUGGAAGGUGAAACAACUACAACGGAAACUACAGAGAAAGAUGCUGUUGCGAAAGACUCCCCCCCUGUAUGUUCUGCAUCGGGUAUUGCAAGGAAUUCUGAUAAUAUGAAACCUCCAAAGCUGGAGUCCAAGUGCAACUGUAUAAUCAUAACUAGGUUUUCCCUAAGCCAGAUGAGCAGGGUACACCCUUAUGUACAAGGAAUAGCGUGCUGGCGUCUUCAGCUAAAGCGACCCCGUCCGCUGCCACCGCCCCCUCACCUCGCCUGUGGCUACCGGACCUCCCCCGCUGAGCCCACCUCGAUCCAGAUCCAAGUUGAAAAAGGAAAUCGGCCAAACACACACUUGAAUGCACUUGGUUAUGCUGAGGUUGAGAAAGGGUUCAAAGAAAGGACUGGAAUUGUGGCUACCAAGGUUCAGAUCAAGAACAAAUGGGACAAGUUGAAGGAAGAUUUCAAGGCAUGGAAGAAACUAAUGCUGAGGCAAACAGAGACUGGUUGGGAUCCUAUAAAGAAGACUAUUGCUAUGGAUGAUGAAUGGUGGAAAAAAACUAGAGCUGACAUUCCGGGUUGUGGAAAGUUUAAAAAGAAGGGCCUUGAGAAUGAAGAUGACUUAGCCAAGUGUUUUGCUGACAUCACUACUAUUGGUAUUGAUCAUUGGUCUCCUCAUGUUGUGAAUGUUGAAAAUGUUGAUGAGACACAAGAGGAGGCAACCAAUUUUGAUCCACAAGAUGAUGAUGUCAGUCCUGAAACACAAGAGGAGGAUAUUGGUAUUUCUCCUCCACCUGCAAGUGGAAAGAGAUUGGCUAGGCCUGUUGAAAAAAGUGGCAAGAAGGCGAAGUCUGAAAAUGCACUCCUAAUUCAAGAAGCGAUGAACAAUGUGGCAAGUUCAAAUAAUGAAUAUGUUUCGAAGAGACAUGGAAAAUACUCUAUUGAUGAAGUGAUGGAGGUUGUGAUUGCUUGUGGGGCCGGCUAUGAUAGCAAUGAACAUUACAUUGCAACUGAACUGUUUGUGAAGAAGGAGCAAAGGGAGAUGUUCAUGACAUUGCCUACUAAUGAGAUUAGGUUCACUUGA